AUGGCGCCAUCUCUACUAUAUCCGGCAACGCAGCUGCCCCCGGCCUCGGCUUUGGCAUUGUCUCAGCAAGCCCCUGCGGUUCUGCGCAGCUCGCCCGCGACCGUGUCCUCGUCGCCUCUCAGCGCCUUGUUCUCGGCUCCCGAGAAGCCCGAGCUAUGGAUCAAAUACGAGAAUCUGAUCUUGUCAUGUCUGCGGACUGGCGACGAUCAAGCUGCCCACCAGUGCCUCGAGCGCCUCGUCGCCCGCUUCGGAAACGGCAAUGAGCGGGUGCAGGCGCUCAGGGGAUUGGUAAAGGAGGCCGAGGCCCAGGACGACAGCGCAUUGGAGGAAGUGUUGAAGGAGUAUGAACAGAUACUGGCCGAGAAUGACACAAAUAUCCCUAUCGCGAAACGGCGCAUCGCGCUCCUGCGGUCCAUGGGACGCGUCUCCGACGCGGCAUCCGCACUUGUGCAGCUUCUCGAGUUCUCGCCCACUGACGCUGAAGCGUGGUCUGAGCUGUCGGAUAUCUACCUCUCCCAGGGUCUGUAUCCACAGGCCAUCUACGCCAUGGAAGAGGUCCUGUUAUUGGCUCCCAAUGCAUGGAAUAUACAUGCUCGGUUGGGCGAGCUGCAGUUCAUGGCGGCUACUGCCCCGGGUGUGGCCGGCGGGUCCUACCAGAAGUACAUGGCCGAGGCGAUCAAGCGGUUCGCUCGGAGCGUCGAGCUGUGCGACGAUUAUCUCCGAGGAUACUACGGUCUAAAGCUGGUCUGCAAGACGCUCCUCAGUGGAGGCUCUAACAAGACGGCAAAACAGACCGACGACGAGUUCGCCAUACCGGAUACCCGCAAUACUGAGCGAUUGAAUGAGCUGGCCACAGCUAAAUUGUCCGAGAUUGUCCGACACAGCACCGCCCGCGACCAAGGAUGGCGUGGGUACGACGAGGCCGAGAUUGCAGCAGCUCGUCAAUUGCUCUCUGACGAUGUAGCCGCUUCGUCGGCAAUUGAGAGGUGA